UACCGAACGACUGGCUGGCGAAGGGAAACGACUUCAAGUGCUUGAAAUUCCUCAUCUGACGCACAUGUCGCUGCUGAUCAGGAACGCGGGUGUGCGAAAUAAAGAGAACAUCAAGAUACGAGAUCGUGGAAUCGCGAGAAACAAUCAACUGCGUGCCGCAAACUUUAAGAAAUCGGGACACAGGAAAUAAUUACCAUUUCGAAAUGUAUACUUAGGGAAAACGAGAACACUGAGUGAAAAGUGAGACAAACAAAGUGAAAACAGUAAAAUCUCAAAGAAGUGAAAAGUGAAUUUUAAAGAGCAACCAGACCCACGGCGAAUGCCCAUCGGGGGCCACUGUAUAGUAUAGUAUUUAACACAGCAGAAAUGGAAAUCACGAGGCGGAAAAGAGGCUGGCACCCGUACAGUGUUUGCUUAGUUCUACUUGUGAUAUCAACCAUCGGCGGAUCCAUCCAGAUAGACAACCGACUAGUUCAACCACAGCAUGAUUGCUUCGAACGAAUAGCCUUGGGUGCCAUGCUGCCAUUUGAAAAGACAUUCCGAAACUCCGACACAAACUCGCUGAAAAUUUGCGAAACACUCUGCCUCAACGACAAGGAAUGCCAAACUUUCGCUUUUGGCAUUUCCGGUCGAGGUAAUGGAACGUGCCAGCUGUCGGCCAACGUCAUCGAUGCCACCAAUUCCCGUCCUGUUGGGACCAUUUUCGAUCCGGACUUUGAUCUCUACGCACGAAAGUACAACUGUUUUUUAGACACAGGUGGACCUUCGAACCCUCCGCCGCGACCCGGCCUGGGCAGCUUCCCCGCAAAUGAGUUGCCUCCUGGUGGUACGCAGCGACCCACCUCAUCAUUUCCCCCUUCUUCGGGUGCCCCUGAACGACCUGGAGCCCCCGUAUUUACACCGGCUGGAACCACUGCAACCGGUGAACCAAUAUCAUCUACCAGCAACGGAGGUGGAUUCUCCGAAGCACGUCCAACCAGUGAAUAUCCCGGAACGUUUUCGACAAGUGUAGGAACUACCUUUGGGCAGUCUACAGGUCAAACAGUUCAGGAAACCACUGCCCCCGGAGAAGAGUAUUACACGACAAAUGAGCAGCCUUCAUCAACCCUAACAGGCCAUUACACUCCUACCAGCAGUACUGCUUCUGGUACCCAAAUAACGACCGGCGCAGACCGUUUACCACCAAAUCAACCGCCUCCGCCAACAAUGCCUGCGGAAUCGCCCACGAAAUACCCUCUGGAUCUCCGACCGUCCUAUCCAGGAUCGGCGCCACCUAGACCAGUCAACUACCCCAACUACCAAUACCCAAUGCUUUACGAAACGAACUAUCCAAUGCCCAACAACAACAACAACGAACGACCUCCGGAUAUCUAUGCCCAAAAUAUCCCGUCUCUUGACAAUAAUUACCUUCGGCCGGAAUACGCCGGAUACUUUGGCCAUCGUCCUUCGGGACCAUCUGCUCCAACGGGCGGCAUGAAACCGGUAGAUAACACCAUUUCAGGCUACGGAGGCACUGGACCUCAACGACCGGUAGACAACAAACCCUCGGGCUACGGAGGAACCCCUCUUCGUCCGUCCGGGUCGGGUUCUGGGCCCAGCUCGUCGGGAUACGUCACUCGACCACCCCCAGUCGGACCUUCCGGCGGAUCAGACGGCUACAAAGUAACGGAGGAAAAGCAUGACCUACAUCCGAGCAAAUUCCGACCGUGCUACCGAAGAGUGCUAGCAGGGAAACGAGUUGGCCCACAAUGGGUACGACGAACGCUGAUUUGCGAACGUGUGGAAGAUUGUCAACGAGAAUGCGGUGAUGAACGAAGAUUCCCAUGCGAAGGGUUCAACUACAGACUUGAUCCUACUGGGCGAGGCCAAGGAGAUUGCGAACUGAUCGAUCAGCCCUUGUCCCAGAUCGAUCUCUACUCAAGUCCUCAUCAGCGGGACUCGAAUUUGAUCCGUGAUCCAGAUUACGACUAUUACGAGCGUGACCGAAGCGCUACUCAUUCAUGUCGUCCCAACUAUGGGUGUAAAGAUUGCAGUAUGAAACCAUAUCGGCCACUGAUCGAUUAUGUUAGGCCUACAACGUAUCGACCUCAUGCCGAGAGUUACAAACCGUUCCCUCCUCAAGAUCGGAUUCCCUACGAGGAAAAUCGCUAUAAACCCAUUACAGCUAUUGAUAAGUAUCGACCUCCGACAUUCACUCGACCGGAGUACGAUCGCUACGCAUCGGGAUACUACCCACCACCUGUCCCACCACCAUUCAAACCUAGCUUUGGUGGUGAGAUCGACCGAUACGGAACGAUCGAUCAUGAUCAUUACAAACCCCCACAAUACGUAAGCGGGUCACAGUAUGAUCGCAACGACUACUUCCGACCUUCCUAUCCUUAUCCAGAAGAUGAUCGUCCUUACAUUAAUCGUCCACGUUACCCAUACGAAGAUCGCGAUCCUGUUCCACCUCCAUCCCCUCCAGCGCAAUAUCCACCAACCUCGCACUCCGAAAAACCAAGCAGCUUCAUCCCGUAUCUCAUUGGACAAGAUGCCCAUAAGAACUGGGGCACCUACGGUGGAACCUACGGCCACAGUGGCGGCGACGCCUACAAAUCCACAUCCGACUACUGGGGACUACGAAACGAGGUCAAACGCUACGAUGGGCCAGGCUUCAACUACUUCGAGUUACGGAACCCAGAGGAGAACACCAUCCUUAGCUACGGAGGUCGCAAAUACAGCUAUGAAGACUCCAAUGCCCUGGCCAUUCCAGACUAUCGACCCGAUCGGGCACACUUCGGUCCCCAGUGGACGCGACGGCCAGGCCACGAUGAAUGUUCCGUCAAAUCGAGCGAAGGCUUCCGACUGCACAAGGGAGUGGUCAAGUACGCCCUGAACACCCCAACGGUGAUCGAGUGCGAACGGAUGUGCUUCUCGGAGUCACGCUUCCGCUGCAUGACGUUCAGCUACCGGUAUUCUACCAUUUCGCGGGACAACUGUCUACUCUGUGAUCGACCGUACCAACUGUUGGACUUCUACGCCGAUGUCGAACCGGACCGGGACUAUGAUAUCUACGCGAUGACCGACGAUAUGCGGGCUUGCCGAGCGGACUCGCAUCCACCGAUCCGGGACGUUAAUGCACAAUGCUUCAUCCGGGUGAUCGACUCCUCGCGCUUCUACAAGGGAAUCGUACGGGACUCGCUCACGGUGCGAUCGGUCGGUGAAUGCGAACUCGAGUGCAUCCGGGCGUCCAAGUUCACGUGUCGAGCGUUCACCUACAGCUUCGGGCCUCAUUCCAUCAACUCGGUGAUCGAUAACUGCCAGCUGUCGGAUUGGCCCGUCCGGGAUAUGGACAAGGAUCGCCAUCUGGUGUUCGACGAAGGAUUUGAUGUUUUUGAACGGGCCAGCUAUGGGCAGGGUUGCGAAAUUCAACCCAUUAUCGACGAUAAGCAUGCGAAGAAAUUUUGUUAUCUAGGUUAUGGAUCACCGGCUAAGCUGCUGUCAUCCGCUAUCAAGAAAGUAAUAUCAGUUAAUACGGAACUCGACUGCAAGAACGAAUGUGUACGACUACGUGAGACAUCAGCGUUCAAAUGCCUAUCAUUCAGUUUCAGCGCCCAAGCAUCGACCUACAACUGUGAGAUGUCUGACCUAGAUCAGAGCGAGCUGAAGCUGGGAGUCCACUACGCCCAUACGAACGACCGCGACUACUGGCUGUUCGCGUGGAACCCAUUCGACUACACGUGUCGAGAUAAGAUCACCACGAUCAGCAGCGGCAACGGGAACCGCGUGAACCACGAUCGCCGGAUGGACAUCUUCCGGGAGCCGGGUGACGGCAGUUGGCGCCAGUACACCGUGUCGGGCAAACCGUGCCGACUCGGGACCAAGUGCGAGCGCAACAAGAUCACCGGGUUCUACUCGUGCGAGAUAGAGGGUGAUGAGAUCGGUGCGUGGGACUACUGCUGCAAACCGGAGCACCCUUGCGGCUACUCGCAAGGGUUCGAGUACCCAUGGUGCUUCGUGGGAGAUGCUCCCGACCAGUGGCGCAAGUGCAGCGAUAAGUACUUCCCUAAGAAAUCUCACCAGCAUGGGCAGCAGCAGCACCCCAAUGGGCUCACCGAUGGUACGCGUCAUCAAAACCAGAAUAAAAAGGGUGAAGUCUAUCAGUCACCACCGAAACCGGGUGGACUGAGGCACCUGGACGACGUGACGGCUCCGGCCGAGCUGUGGCCGGUGACGUUCCUGUACGACAAGGGACCGCCCGGUAGCGCCAACGGAGGAAUGACCGUGUCCGCAUCGAAGCAGAUUCCCAUGGCGGGCAACGCGACCCAACUCAGCAGCAACGUGAUCGAUUGUAAGAAGGACAAGUGCUAGGAACAUAUAGGACAACGUUAAAUAGACGAAUGAUGUGAUAAUGCGCGAUUACGAUGGACAUAGAAGACCGGAAGUUUGAAUAGCAGCCAGUAGUUAGAUCUAGAGAUAAGCAUUUAUAAACGAUAAGUCUCUCUUCUAAUGGUGCUGUCUUAGGUCGCGUGGGUGGCGUCUCAAGGCGGCGAAAUCAAUGAACGAUUCAGUAAUCAGUACUGCCAAAAUGAUCUUCGACCUUCAUUUCUGUUAAUAUUAAUAUUUAUGCCACUAUCGUAUUAGAGGAACAUCGUGAGCUCUUACCACUUUCUUUAUCGCGAGGAAAAGAUCCAGAAAGCAAAGAGGAAAUUCGGAAAUUUUUGACGUCGUCAUAAAGAAAGCUGGUGACAAAAUUCAUCAUCAAAAAGGGAUCUAAACUAUUUGUAAGACUUAAUUUUAUAACUCUAGUGGUAUUUUUUUAGCUGUAAAUCAAUCGAAUAAAGUAUAGUGUAUACUGAAAUUGCA